GUUUCUUCAACCUCCGUUCUCUUCCCCUUCCCCUUUUAGAACCCUAAUUGAUUGUACUCUACUCUUCAUGUAAACAAUCCAAAAUCAAUUCCGGAAUCACCUAUUCCUCACACAUUUUUAGCUCCACGCACCAUAAUCAGGGCUAAAUCUGAACUCCAUUGCAGCGUUCUUCUAAAAUUUGUUGUUUUGGUUCAAAGUGCUAAUGUCCGAUUCAACUGAGCUUCCAUCUGUAUUACCAUCUACCAAAACAGAUUUAGAAUCUCGGAAUAUACUUGGACCGGCAGGAAACAGAGUCAAGGUUAAAGAAGAAGAGAAGGAGAGCUUGAAGAAGAAGGUUGCGUUGGAGAAAAAGCCAAAGAGGUCCUCCAUCAGAUUAGAGAAGAUGACUCCUCAAAUUGUUGUUCGAAAGAAUAAUGACUCGCUAGACAGUUCAUGUUCUUUGAAAUCUUCUUCUUCCAGUGGUAGUUCUGUGAAAAUCCCGAGCGUCAAACGAAGAGAGAAACAUGAUAGCAACAGUUUGAAGAUGGAAGGAGAAGAAUCUCCGAUGAUGACGUUAUCUAUUCCGUUUAAACGGUGUGAUUGGAUCACCAAAUUUUCUGAUCCACUUCAUGUUUCUUUCCAUGAUGAAGAAUGGGGAGUUCCAGUUCACGAAGACAAAAAACUAUUUGAGCUUCUUGUUUUGUCACAAGUAUCUGCAGAACUCACAUGGCCCGAAAUUCUUUACAAGAGAGAUAAAUUCAGAAAGUUUUUUGAAGAUUUCAAUCCAUCAUCCAUUGCUAAGUUCCCUGAGGACAGAUUAUUGUCAACCAGGUCAAACGGUGGUGCCCUUUUGCUAUCCGAACAAAAACUACGCGCCAUUGUAGGAAAUGCUGUUGCUUUGCUUAAGAUCCAACAAGAAUUUGGAUCCUUCAGUGGAUACUGCUGGCGUUUCCUGAACAACAAGCCAAUAAAGAACGUAUUUCGCUAUGCGCGUCAACUACCCGCAAAAACACCAAAAUCCGAACUCAUAAGCAAGGAUUUAAUGAGGAGAGGAUUUCGUUGUGUGGGCCCUACAAUAAUCUACUCAUUUAUGCAAAUAUCUGGUAUGGUCAACGAUCAUCUUGUAUCAUGUUUUAGAUACAUGGAGUGCAAUAACAUUGACAAAAGGAAUCCAAAGCCCAAAGCUAAACAAGAAACCAAAAUCAUGAAUGAUACUAAUCUUUCCUAUGAGUGAAUAUAAUGCUUGAUGCUAACUUAGGUAAUUUAACGGUGAUCUUUCUUGUAGUAUUGUGUGCCAUUUUAGUAGUAUCAAGAUUAAGAAUGUUCAUAUUAGAAAGUGGGUGUUUUUGUGGUUUGUUGUCUGUAAUAGUAAUGUUUGGUUUGUUUUGUUUAUGUUUGUGCUGUUGAGAAAGUUCUUAGGUUGAUUGAAUUAUUUGGGGUUG